AUGGCCGACAACCCCGACGAGCCGUCGCAGAAUGCGCUGGCUUCGACGUUCCCGAACCCGCCCCCGUUCUGGCGGCAAUUCACGGCCGAGAACGUGGGACGAAUCGAAGAACUGCGCAAGUCCCAGGCCGAGAAGGAUGGCGUCGCCGUCAAGGACCUACCUGCUCGCCUGCCGAAUAUUCCCGAGGAGCUGAUGCACCUCCAACCUCCAGCCGAGCCAGCUACUGGGACUUGGAAGGUCCUGGGAGGCAACUACACGCUCGACGACAAACUACCGUCCCUGGAGGAAGGAGAGAUCAAACGGCUUGUGCCAGCACAUUCCGAAGAAAAGGAUGGCAAGCACCUCGACCGUGCAUUCGAGCUCAAGAAAAUGGCCAAGUCUUUACUCCUCAACUUCCUUGAGCUGGUCAGCGUCAUGGCCGUUAUGCCAGACGACGCGGCCGCCAAAAUCGAUGACCUCCGCACCCUAUUCAUCAACUUCCAUCACGUCCUCAACGAAUACCGACCCCAUCAGGCCCGCGAAUCGGCCAUUGCGAUGAUGCAGUCCAAACUCGACCGUACACGAGCCGAGACUGCGGCAAUCAGAGCACAAGUGGACAAGGCGAAGCGUGUGCUCGAGGGCCUGGGCAGCUUAGACACCCCCAAGGUCCCACAAGCGACGGCAUCGACUCUCGAGGGAGAGCUAACACAGACGGAGCUCAAGAGUUAUGGCACGGUACGAGAACACGAAGUUUGGGAUGCCGCAGACGCGUUGUUUCUCUAG